CUGACAACCUUGACCUUUUACUACCUUUGCGCGCAUUUUUCAACUUUCAAAACAAAGCUGUAUAUUUGAAUAAUUAUGUAAAAAAGAUAAAGAAAAAUAAUGCAUAUCAAAUCAAUAGUGAUCGAUGGAUUUAAAUCCUAUGCACAGAGAACCGAGAUCAAUGGGUUUGACCCACUUUUCAACGCCAUUACCGGUCUCAAUGGUAGUGGCAAGUCAAACAUUCUAGAUUCCAUUUGCUUUUUGCUGGGAAUAACAAAUUUGACACACGUGAGAGCUACAAAUCUCCAAGAGCUUGUGUAUAAGAAUGGCCAGGCAGGUAUCACAAAGGCUACAGUCAGCAUCACAUUUGACAACUUGGACAAGAAACAGAGUCCGUUAGGUUAUGAGCAAUACGAUGAAAUAACAAUCACCAGACAGGUUGUGGUUGGAGGUCGCAACAAAUACUUGAUCAAUGGUAGCAAUGCCAACAACACAAGAGUGCAGGACUUGUUCUGCUCCGUUCAGCUGAAUGUGAACAAUCCCCACUUCUUGAUCAUGCAGGGUCGUAUAACGAAAGUGCUGAACAUGAAGCCCCCUGAGAUUUUGUCGAUGAUUGAAGAGGCAGCUGGUACUCGGCUCUAUGAAAACAAGAAAGAGGCGGCUCAAAGAACCAUAGAGAAGAAGGAUGCAAAGCUUCAAGAAAUUGACACGGUGUUGAAGGAAGAUAUUUCCCCGACGAUAACCAAGUUGAAGGAUGAGCGGUCCUCCUAUCUGGAGUACCAGAAGAUCAACAGAGAGCUUGAGCACCUUAACAAGCUCUACAUUGCCUACCAGUUCUUGUGUGCAGAGGAAAAGAAAAAGCGUUCUGUGGAUGAACUGAAACAAAUGGAAGAGGGCAUCAAGACGUUAAAGGAUAGGAUGACUGAGAUCAACGUCAAGAUCAAAGAGUUAGAUGGCGAGAUAGCCACCCUUGAAAAGAAACGAGAUCAGGAAUCUGGCAGCGUCAUGCAGAAGUUGGAGGCAUCGCUGUCUGAAAAUAAAAAACUGGAGGCACUGGCACAAAGUGCGGUUGAUAACAAGAAAGAGGGUCUCAAUGCUGAGAAUAAACGAAAGAAGGAGCUGAAUAAGAACCUAAAUGAUAACUCCACAGCAAUCAAGGGCCGAGAGAAGGACCUAGAUAAGCUGGCUAGGGAGCUGGAAGGGCUGCAGACCCAGAGUGAGGCUGACUCAGAGGCCCACGGGGCCGCCCAAAAGCACUACCAGGCAGUCACUGCAGGACUCUCCAGUAACGAUGAUGGGCAGGCUGCCACGCUCAAUGAUCAGCUUAUAACUACCAAGAGUGAGAUCAGCAAUGCAGAUACCGAGGCCAAGCAAGCUUCCAUGAAGUUGAAGCAUGCCCAGCAAGAGCUUAAGAAGAAGGAGUCCGAUCUGAAGAAGACAGAGACGGGAUACCAGAAAGACAAACAGAACUACGAUGCUGUCGUACAGAAUCUGCAAAAACUGGAAGCAGAGCUGAAGAAGCUGGACUACGAGGAGGGUAAGGAUGAGAGACUGGAGACAGACAGACGCACACUCACACAGACAGUGAACCAGCUGCAGGAGAAACACGAGACCCUGGUCGCCAGGUGCCCACAGUUGCAUUUCGACUAUCGGGACCCUGAAAAGAACUUUGACCGUAAAAGAGUAUCUGGCCUCGUUUGCAACCUCUUCAAAAUUAAGGACAUGAAGUUUGCAACAGCCCUUGAAGUGGCUGCAGGGGGCAAGCUGUACAAUGUAGUGGUUGACACGGAGCAGACCGGCAAGCUGCUGUUACAGAAAGGACAGCUGCAACGGCGCUAUACUUUCAUCCCACUCAACAAGAUCUCCGCUCAUUCCAUCCCAGGCGAUGUAGUGAAGAGAGCCGAGGGCCUGGUUGGGAAAGGCAAUGUGUUUCCUGCCCUGUCACUGAUAGAGUACGAGAAGCAUCUAGAACCGGCCAUGCAGUACGUGUUCGGAUCCACAUUUGUGUGCCCUGAUAUGAACACGGCCAAGAAAGUCACCUUUGAUGACAGAAUUCAGAAGAGGUCUGUCACACUUGAUGGGGACUCUUUCGAUCCUGCUGGUAUUCUGACGGGAGGUUCCCGAGCAAGGAGUGGCUCAGUCCUAGAGAAGCUUGAGGAGUUACAGACCACAGAGUCUAGUCUGCAUGAGCAGCGGGCUCAACUGGCACGUGUAGAGCAGGAACUGCAAGGCAUACGGACUGUUGCUCAGAGGUUCAUGAAGGUGAAGCAGCAGUAUGACCUUAAGCAGCAGGAAGUUGAACAUCUGAAGGAGAGAUUGGAGCUGGGCUCCCACCACCAGCAGUUGGAGGAGGUUAACACCCUCAGACAGAACAUAGUGGAAUAUGAGGAGACAGCCAAGCGUACAGAGGAAGUGAAGAAGAAAAACCUGGCCAAGGUGAAAGAACUGGAAGAUAAGAUCAAGAACUCCAAGCAGCUGAGGGAACGAGAGCUUAAAGAGGCAGAGAAAGAUGUGGCUGACAAGAAGAAAAUGAUGGAGGAAUCCAGCAAGAAAAUGAAGACCAAAUAUCAGGAGGUGGACAGUAUAAAGCUGGAGGUGGAGGAGCUGAGGAAGGAAAAUGCCUCCUAUGAACAGCAGCUGACCACAGUGGACGACACCAUCAAGCAGUUCAAUGAGCAGCUGGCUGAACUGGAGGGCAAGGCCGCAGAGGCCAAGGACGUUGUAAAGACUGCCCAGACAGAAGUCAACAAGCAGAAAGACCUCCUGAAGGAAUGCAACAAGGACAUUGGAGCACGUGUUGCCGAGCAGAAAUCGCUACAAAAGGAAGGACACGGCGCUGAAUUAAAGGUCAAGGAGAUGGAGAACAAGACUGACAAGUUCCAGAAGGACUCCAGGGAUGCAGCAAAAAUGGUUGAGAACAUGCUGGAGAGCUAUGACUGGAUUGCUGAUGAGAAGAAAUACUUCGGUCAACCGAACACCGUGUACGAUUUCAAGGCCAACGAUCCCAAGGAGAGUGAGAGACGAAUAAAUAAGCUUACAGAGACGAAAGACAAGCUGGCCAAGAGUGUGAACAUGCGGGCCAUGAACAUGCUUGGCAAGGCAGAGGAGCAGUACACAGAUCUCAUGAAAAAGAGGAAGAUUGUCCUAAAUGACAAGGCCAAGAUUUCUGCAGUGAUUGCUGAGCUUGAUGAAAAGAAAAAUGAGGCAUUAAAAAAGGCGUGGGAAAUAGUUAACAAGGAUUUCGGCAGUAUCUACUCGGCGCUGCUGCCCGGGGCAAAGGCCAAGCUGGCACCGCCCGAGGGCAAGACGGUCCUUGACGGGCUGGAGGUUAAGGUCGGCUUUGGGGACGUUUGGAAGGACUCCCUGACUGAACUCAGUGGAGGACAGAGGUCCCUGAUUGCUCUGUCCCUGAUCCUGGCCAUGCUGCUGUUCAAGCCUGCGCCGAUCUACAUCCUCGAUGAGAUAGAUGCUGCUCUAGACAUCUCACAUACACAGAACAUCGGUCAGAUGAUCCGCUCCCACUUCAAACACUCGCAGUUCAUCGUUGUGUCACUCAAGGAUGGGAUGUUCAAUAACGCCAACGUACUGUUCAAAACCAAGUUUGUCGAUGGUGUAUCCACGGUAACCAAAUACGUACAACACGCAAACCGUUCGGAGGACAGCAAAGAAAAUGGGGGACAGGCAGCAAAUAAGAAGAAACAAGCCGCAAACAAUAAACGACUGCGGAUAGAAUCUAAUGCUUAGGACUGAAUUUUAAUAUGUGGGAAAGGAAUGGCUCUGAUCAUCAAUAAACAUGGUUUAAUUUUAUAUAUAAACGGUUGAGAAAAACUUAAAAUGCAAUCAUAAGAAGAUAUAUAAAGAUGACAUUUAUUUAAGUGAAGUGAGCUGUUGUUUCAGCUUUACUUUGUUGUUCAUAAGAUUUUACCUGUUAACUGGGCUCUUGGUAUUUAUAUGAUAUUAAAAUUCAUUAAAACCUAUGAAUAAUUUUUCCACCAUUAAAGUUGCGAGAUUAGAAUGCUUUGCAUUUUUCUGUUUAUCUAUCUUGUACUUUCUUUUUAGUGUGAUAUUUAAUGACCUUCAACCUUGCAAAUUGGUAGGAACCCUUGGGAGAACAUGGUCAAUGUCACAAAGGCUUGUCUCUGUAAACUUGUUCCCGUUAGAUAUCUUAAGCAUGAUUUGACCUCAGAUCACACUCAUUUGUUACAAUAUUAUGGGACAACAGCCUUUGGUUAUAAGGUCAUCAGGUCAAAGGCACAGGGUUUUGUAACUUGAAAUUUGUUUAGGCUCUUUUAAAAUUGAGGUAAUCAGGUCAAGUGUUAAGGUCAUAAGACUGGAAUCAUGAAAUUGGUUUCCACUAUAUAGAGAAUUCUAGUAAUCAUAUAAAUGAGCAGGAGGGUUAGUUUUGACUAAUUUUGACAGGAAUGACCUCUAGCUAUUUUGAAAGUCAUAUAUCUAAGGUCAAUGAUACAGGGAAAUCUUUACAGCAAGUCAGAGCCUGAGUUCAUACAAGUUUUACAAACAUCUCUUAUUUUAAUGAAAUGACAAUUACCAGGUUUAAAUCAUUUGAAAUUAAAUACUUCGCAAUAUUUGUAUACAGCAAUUAUACCCUUAGUUCAAACCACGCGCCAAGGUAGAAAUUUUAUGAUGGUAUAAAAAGCUGAAAGUAAUCACUUAUUGGAAAUACAUGUUAUUUGGUACUUAAAACAUAUGAAGCAUCGAUGCGGAUUUAUGUUGGUAUGAAUUUCUUAAUAAUUCGGCAUGGAAAUUUUAUUAAUGUGCGUGUAAAUAGACACUUAUGUACAUGUUGUCUUCUUAAUACUUUCAUUUCAUUUAUUGAUGAUUAUCGUCUGCAAUGUGAUGUUCAUAAUGCACCAUUAUGAAUGUAAUAAAUUAAUAUAAAGGUCA